CAAAUUAAUGUAAACACGGACUGAUUGUGAGCACUGAGCACUGGGAGAGUGAAUUGUGUGUUCACCCCGUUCACCCGCAAAUUUCAAGAGAAAUUUUGCCUUCACUCAACGAAAAAUGUGAAUUUUGACAGCGGAAAUGCGUGUUUUUCUCACAUGAAGAAUUGCUAAGCGCUAAAUAAUCGCACUUGUUCUGUGAUGAAAGAGCGGUUUCUUAAAUAAUUUUGACAAUCACUGAUUAACCGGAAAGAUGCAGUUUAUGACGUCGAUGUUCAUCUUCCUGGUGCCGACCGCGUCUCUGCUCAUCUUACAGUACCUUCCACAGUUGUUGUCAAUGCUUUCAAGCAAGUCGAAAGGGAGCCCGUCGCCUAAAAGGAACGUCAACCUUGAGCCCGUCUCUUCGUUUUCCUCCUCUAUUUGGUGCUCCGAGUGCAACCGCGGAGCGAAAUGCUGCCAAAUCGAGAACCUCUACUAUUUUCCCAAGGACAAGACUUUCGGGUUUGUCCUCACGGAAAACUCGAUCGUGCACGGAAUCUCGUCUGGAGCCGAAUUUGGAAAUUUAUUGGCAAAUUCCGUGAUAAACCACACUGAGCUGUUCUUGCCGCUUGUUGUUUUUGCAAACAACGAUCCAAUCAUCAAAACUGUCAAGUCGUCGUUGAAGGGACACGAAAUUUUCUUGCUGCGAAGAUUCAAGCCUGACAACCUGAUGCACGCCUUACACGAUGACAUUUUGCCCCUAUUUUCUAGAAUGGAGACUAUUUGCAAAGGAGAAUUUUCGUCUUGCUCAAAAAAUUUUGUUCUUUCUUUCACUGACAACUAUAGUGACUUCAAUUUAGACUGGUACAACUUACUUUUCAAGAAUUCCAUUUUUAAUUUGACGGAGCUUCGAGAGCCGGUUCUGAUCUCAAAAGCUCACGUUGGACUGCCUGGUGACACAACAGUUUUUCAGUAUGGAUUUGGACAGCCACAAGGGCCUCUGAAUCUAGGUCCAAACUCGGUUGGAAUAUACCAAAGAUUCGCGGAAUAUGUUAAAAAGCAACUUGAUCUGAAUGAACAAGAGAAAAUUGAUGGAGUGCAGCGAAUAGUUUUGAUUUCAAGGAAGGAAACGAGGAGGAUUUUAAAUGAAGAGGAGGUGAUGAACUUUAUCAGAAACUCAUUCCACAACACCAUGGGUCUAACGCAGGAGCUAAUUUACAAAAUACUGGACUUGAGUGUUGAAAGAACCCCGGAAGCUGUGGUUUCCACUCUCACUGGCGCUGAUUUCAUUUUGGGCAUGCACGGCGCUGCAACGUUUCUUGCUGGUGUCUUCUCUCGGCCUAAUUCAACCAUUCUUGAAUUAUUUCCAUACGGAAUCAACCCCAAAGUUGUUUCGCCCCUGAGAGCACUAGCAGAGACUCCCGGCUUUUGGUUUAAAUAUAACUCCUGGGAAAACAAGGACGUCCGAUCUUCAGUUCCACCUGCUGAUGACGCACCACCUCUGCAUGGCGGCCUUGGAUCUCUGUCUGAAGAAGAAAGGAAGUUUGCUGUAAAGCAAGUGCCUGUGCCAGCUGUACACUGCUGCCACAAUGCAACUUAUCUCUACAGAAUGUUUCAGGAUACUACAGUUGGUCCGAGCAUUCAGUAUUCAAUUCUAAAGUCCAUUGAAUUCCUCAAGAGAGGCACAAACCUGAACUGGACGCACAAAUUUACGGUGCCCGGCGCCGUUCGUGACCUGGUCUGCCUGAGCGAGGCUGAAAGCACAAAAAUGUUCUGGAAGGCGCCUCUGAACGUAAAGUCUGUGUCUCAGUACAACACUAUCAAAUAUGAAAUCUCCGCCAAGUCUUCUAAUAGUGACGACGAUCUCUUCGAGGCCACUGAAACUAACGUGUUUUCUGAUUUUGAAAACCAACAAUUCACAGAAGUGUGGGUUCGUGCAUGCAACCAGCAUGAGUGUGGAAAGGAUACUUUUGUGAUGUGCACUUAAUUGUUUUAUUAUUAAUGCUGCGGCCUGAUAAUUUUUGGUGAUAGAACCCCUUUUUUAUAUCUUCGUAAAACGAAAUGAGGUGAAAGAAUUGAGGAUCUCAUGUAAAAAGUCCGAUGGACAUUAAUAAUAAUACUGUCUAAUUAGUGAUUAAAUGAUUUUGUGGUCAGAAUGCUUUUUACAAUCGGAGCAGUGUCUGUCUCAAUUGGGUACAUGUGUGCUUGAAAGAGAAAGGCUUUGCUAGAACUGCUGUUAAUAAUUUCAAGAAAAAGAAUCAACAUAUCAAUCACAAGUUUAUGUAAAUAUUUGUUGCUGUUACAAUUUACGCAGUUAAUAAAUAACCUCUUUAAUCAA